UGCAGGCUGCUCAAUGGAGGGGGUGGGGGGGAUGCAGCAAAGCAAGAUUAAUAACCUUGCCAUAAUCCCGUGCACCCUGGAAGGAGAUACCUCUUGUGACUGACCCGCUCCUGUCGUGAUUAAUCUGGCCGGGAGAGAGUGAUCCGGAAUCCACCUAGUUCGGAGGGACCCCCUGGUUUUGAUGUUCUUUUGAUUCUCCACCCAUCUGGGUAGGUAAUAGUGAGACGUACCAUCUGCAGCACACAGCAGCUAUUGGAGGCCACUACUGACAGUUUUCACUACAGUGGCUUCUCUGUGUGUGUGUGUGUGUUUGUGUAUCUGUGUGAGCAAGCCAGAGCAGGUAUAUCGUACAGUGGGAGAUUUCUACAGCGUGAAAAAUUACCGAAGCUCACGUUCUGGUCCCUCAGCUUCUCUCCCUUUCCCCACCCCCCCACCCCCAACCCCUUUUUGCAAUCUGCCUUUGAUGAGUUUUUGGCUUACUUUUUGGCGUAGUCUCCUGGGCACGUUUUGUUGGUGCUGGAAGAUCAGAUAAAUGGAACCUUUGAAAACUAAUUGUUUUUCUCCUUUGUGACUUAAAAAGAAAAAAAAAGAGGAGAGACAUAAUAGGCGGAGGAAUUUUAAUUUUCCUUGGUGAAGUUUAAAGAGGACCAAUGAGGAAGGUAUGGCCUGGACACUGACAGUGGAAACGUGCCCACAAUGCAUCAACAAUGUGUCAAAAUCCUGAAUCAGAAGAGUCAUCUCUUGGAAAUUAUUUUACCUAUUUCAAGAAGCCAUGGUGAUUCAGUGAUAACGGAGUCAAAUAAGCUGGAACUUCCUCUGAUUCCCUGAAUAAAUAUGACCCUGAGAGACCAGCAAUAACUCAUGGAAUUUAUUAAUAUGGGAACAUCCUGAAAAUAUACAUCACCCAAAAGAAAAUAACUGGAUUCUCCAUUCCUUAAGCAGAAGACCCAUCUAAUGGAAGAUUGUUGACAGACGCUUUGAACUCCAGAAGGAACAAGACCAGUUAAAUUAUGAAUGUUGAACAAGAUGACCUUACAUCCACAGCAGAUAAUGAUAGGUCCUAGGUUUAACAGGGCCCUAUUUGACCCGCUGCUUGUGGUGCUUCUGGCUCUUCAGCUUCUUGUGGUGGCUGGUCUAGUGAGGGCUCAGACCUGCCCUUCUGUCUGCUCCUGCAGCAACCAGUUCAGCAAAGUGAUUUGCGUGCGCAAGAAUCUCCGUGAGGUUCCAGAUGGCAUCUCCACCAAUACGAGGGUGCUGAAUCUCCAUGAGAACCAGAUUCAGGUCAUCAAAGUGAACAGCUUCAAGCACCUGAGGCACUUGGAAAUUCUCCAGCUGAGCAGAAAUCACAUCAGAACGAUUGAAUUAGGGGCCUUCAAUGGUCUCACUAACCUCAACACCUUGGAACUCUUUGACAACCGUAUCACCAUCAUCCCCAAUGGAGCCUUUGUGUACUUGUCAAAACUGAAGGAACUCUGGCUGCGGAACAACCCCAUUGAGAGCAUCCCCUCGUAUGCUUUUAACAGGAUCCCUUCUCUGCGCAGGUUGGAUCUGGGGGAAUUGAAAAGGCUUUCAUACAUCUCGGAAGGUGCCUUUGAAGGUCUGUCGAAUUUGAGGUACUUGAACCUUGCCAUGUGCAACCUCCGGGAUAUCCCUAACCUCACUCCCCUUGUUAAACUGGAUGAGCUGGAUCUUUCCGGAAACCAUCUGUCGGCAAUCAGACCAGGAUCCUUCCAAGGACUAAUGCACCUGCAAAAACUGUGGAUGAUUCAGUCUCAAAUUCAAGUGAUUGAAAGGAAUGCCUUCGAUAACCUUCAGUCACUGGUAGAGAUCAAUCUGGCGCACAACAAUCUGACGUUACUGCCUCACGACCUCUUCACGCCCCUCCAUCAACUAGAAAGGAUACACUUGCAUCAUAAUCCCUGGAACUGCAACUGUGAUAUCUUGUGGUUGAGCUGGUGGAUCAAGGACAUGGCCCCGUCCAACACUGCAUGCUGUGCCCGUUGCAACACGCCUCCCAAUCUGAAAGGACGGUACAUUGGGGAGUUGGACCAGAAUUAUUUUACAUGUUAUGCGCCGGUGAUCGUUGAGCCCCCGACUGACCUCAACGUCACAGAAGGCAUGGCUGCUGAGCUGAAGUGUCGGGCCUCCACCUCACUGACCUCGGUAUCUUGGAUUACUCCAAAUGGAACAAUUAUGACCCACGGGGCCUACAAGGUUCGGAUUGCCGUGCUCAGCGAUGGCACAUUAAAUUUUACUAAUGUAACUGUGCAAGAUACAGGCAUGUAUACAUGCAUGGUGAGUAAUUCUGUUGGAAAUACCACGGCUUCAGCCACCCUAAAUGUUACUGCAGCCCCCGCUACUCCUUUCUCUUACUUUUCGACCGUCACGGUAGAAACUAUGGAACCUUCUCAGGAUGAGGCACGGACCACAGAGAACAACGUAGGCCCUACGCCGGUCAUUGACUGGGAUACCACCAACGUGACCACCUCUCUCACGCCACAGAGCACAAGGUCAACGGAGAAAACGUUCACCAUCCCAGUGACCGAUAUGAGCAAUGGGAUUCCGGGGAUAGAUGAGGUGAUGAAGACUACCAAAAUCAUCAUUGGUUGUUUUGUGGCCAUAACCCUCAUGGCCGCAGUGAUGCUGGUCAUUUUCUACAAGAUGAGAAAACAGCAUCAUCGGCAGAACCACCAUGCUCCAACACGGACUGUUGAAAUCAUUAAUGUGGAUGAUGAGAUUACAGGUGAUACACCCAUUGAGAGCCACUUGCCCAUGCCUGCCAUAGAGCAUGAGCACCUAAAUCAUUAUAACUCUUAUAAAUCUCCCUUCAACCACACAACCACAGUGAACACAAUAAAUUCAAUACACAGUUCAGUGCAUGAACCGUUAUUGAUUCGAAUGAACUCUAAAGACAAUGUACAAGAGACUCAAAUCUAAACCAUUUACAAAGUUACAGAAAACAGACAGUUUAUAAAAAUGACACAAAUGACUGGGCUAAAUCUACUGUUUCAAAAAAAAAGUGUCUUUACAAAAAAAAAAAAGAAAAGAAAUUUAUUUAUUAAAAAUUCUAUUGUGAUCUAAAGCAGACAAAAUGAUGUGUAUUCCUCAGAACCUGUUUUUGCUGCACUUAUUUACCUUCACCUACCCCCUGCCCACCCCUACUUGCCAUAUUUUUCAUAGGAAAUCUCAAUUCCCUAAGGAACUGGUCUAGGAAAUUUUGUAAGAAUUCUGUUACACUUUGGGAUUUUUAUGGUGAAUUCUAGUGGUGAGAUUCGGUCUAUUUUGUCUUUUUUCUGUUUUUUUCUCAUGCCCUUAUGAAAUAGUUCAAUGGGGAAUGCAGUAUUAGAUGUAGAUUUAUAAGAAAGAAGGAGGAAAAAAAAUUGCAAGAUCUUAUAUUUUUCAUGUAAUACCUGUUCUGUAUUUAUCAGGAGAACCAUUCUGUGGAAAAGAAAAGAAAAGAAAAAAAAAAGACAGAUGAAUUUACAUGUGAACAACUAUAAAACCCAUGAUCUUUGAAACAAUUCUAGAACCAGAAUUUGUAGUUCAAAAACUAAAAUAAGGUUAUAAAUAAAAUAUUGUUGGUUUUUCUGUACUCGGACACAGCUCAUUUGUAGUGUGACUCAAAUAUAAGAAUUUGAAGAUGGCUA